AUGACUCGCCUCACAUCGGUUUCGUCACUCCUAGCGCUCGCUGUUGGCGCUCUUGCUGCUACUCCCAUCCCAAACAUAUCGCCGCUAAGUGUAGUAGGUGCAUUCGGCAGCUGCUCUGUGGAUUCCACCGACUUCAAUUCCGGAGGCACAAUAACAGUAGACGAAUGGAACAUCAAGGUACCGAAGAACCUACUUGUACAGUUCCCAACUAUCUGGACCCCAUUUCGCAAGCUCUGCGAGGCCGGCGUUGGUGGUUACGAAGUCACCAUCUUUGGCAAUGUCAUAGGCUCGCAGCCAACAGCUGCACAAAUCAUUGUCAGCGGUGGAUUCGACGUGCGAUCGGGCGUAGGCUACAUUGAUUCCAUCGAUGUUGCGGACGGUUCCUUCAAGCUUCGCGGCCUCGGUACCAAGCUGCGGCUGAACGACCCGAGCGGUGUAUUCGGAAAGGCUUCGGAUCUCGCACCCUUCUUCCCAGUAGACGAUGAGAACCCAAGCAUCCAAGCAUUCUCCGGGUUUCCCAUGUGCUUCCCGCGGUCAGCCAACGAUGAGAAGUGCCCAUCGUCAAAUCGUCCCGCUGGAUCAACCAAUUUCGCCGCUUCUGAUCCUCUAUCUAUGGUUCCUUUCUUAGUGGGAGACUUCAUUACAUACACGGCUAUCCCUAAGGGCGGAGAGCUUCUCGUGUUCGAGGCAUCGGCCACCAACGUGCAGGUCACGACUUCUGCUUCUAACACAGUACCCAACUACAUUUUCAUUGAAGAUGCAAUCAUUGGAGUCACUGAUCCUGAUGCCAACGUUGAGGUUGCUGAUACUCGGUUCAUUGGCUAUCUCUCCAGCUGCAGCGGCGCCUCCGUCCAGGUCUAUGCCAUUGAGGUCGAUCCAUGCACAGGUGACGAAAGCCUUCGCCAGGUAGGCUCUGCCACGCCCAGAGCCGGCGACGUCCGAUGCAAGUGGGAAGCCCGUGUCGCAGCUUCUACCCCAUACACUCGCGAAUACGUUAUCAAGACAAACAACCCUGUCGUCGAGACCAAGGACGGACUUCAGGCCGGACAAUAUGUCACGCCCGUGACCGAAUGGAUCCAGCCCGAAAUCAAUGUCCCUGGAGCAGAGCCACCACCAAACAGAUUCUCGGACAUGCGUGGUCUCGUGCAAGGAGACUUCUUUGAAGGUGAGCAAUUCGGACCUCUUUCUCCAUUCCCUGGCCCGAGCCCACCAGCACCAUCAAAGACCUGCAGCCCGAAUGAUCCAAGCGGACCCGUCGCUGCGCCCACGGCCACCAUCGCUCCCUUUACUGCAGAUCAACGCAGCGGGGCCACCGUCCAGCUCAUUGUUCAGAACAACAACACCGACAUCUCGAAUAGCGCGCUCAACUUCAACUGGACACAGAUCGAGCCAUCGACGGGCGCUUCAGCUACCAUCCAGAAUCCCGCCGCCCAAACCGCCACCUUUGUCGCUCCCAAGCUCACCACAGCUACCAACCUCAAAUUCGAAUGCGCCGUCAGCCUCAAGUCCAACAGCUCCAUCGUCUCCAAAGCGCAAGUCACCGUGCGCGUCUCCGCCACUGCUGCUGAUAUCGUAAUCCUCGAUACCUACACGUGGGAAUCCCGGCAGUCGGGCACCAUUGGUGUAACUUGCCACUCGAACGUUGCCAACGGCGACAACAAGGUUAUGACUUUGGCGCUGAACAACAAUGCGACAAGGCUGGCAAUGACGAGGGUUGGCGAUGUGGGGAGUGGAAGGUGGAGCUAUAGCGCGCGGAGCACGAAGCAGCCGACGAAUGUACAGUGCUACUCGGACCUUGGAGGCAAGAGUGCGCUGUUGGCUGCGCCGACGAAGAGGAAGAGGGCGUUCGCGAGGAUGAGUGGGGAGUUGGUGGAGUGA